GUAACUGAGCGGACAAGUGAAAAAUAAAGUCUUGUGGUCCGUACUGCUCAAGCGAGCUGGACCGGGCCAGCGGAAAAAUGGCUACGUCGAGCCCUGGGUACAGUUUCCGAUAGCCAAGCGAUGCUGCAGAGACAUGUCAGCCAAGACACUCCCACAGCAUCCAGAGACUUGGGGUACUCUGGGCGGACCUCGUCCGCUCCCGGAGCCUUGCCACUGAGGAGUUCAUUGACUACCUCAGUGACUUCAGCUUGGGUGAUAGACAGCCCCCACCCCAAAGUCCUCAUUCUCUGCUUCCUUAAAAGAAGGCGUGUCAGUGGGAUUGAGGAGAUCCUCGAAGUAUUCCUUCCUCCGCCAUACAAUUUCCCCAGUCGAAGUCAACAGCUCCCCACCUGCACUAAAAACGAUGCCUGUAGAGAACUGCUUUCCCCUCCUGAGGUGCCGGAUGGUUUGCCAGAAUCUCUUCGAGGCCAACCGAUAGUCUUUCUCCAUGACCUCACCGAACUCCUUCCAGCACAGAGUUUUUGCCUUUGCAACAGUCCGGGCCACAGCUCGCUAAGACUGCCGGUACUUGGCGCCUGCCUCUGGAGUCCAACAAGCCAGCCAGGCCUGGUAGGAGUUUUUCUUCAGUUUGACGGCAUCGCUUACUUCUGGUGUCCACCACCGGUUUCGGGGGUUACCGCCGCGACAGGCACCAGAGACUUUGCGACCACAUCUCCCGGCAGCAGCAGAGACAAUGGCAGUGGAAAACAUGGUCCACUUGGACUCAAUGUCCCUAACCUCCCUCUGUUCCUGUUUGAAUUUCUCUCGGAUAUAGGAGUUAAAGACUAACCUGAUGGAGGGCUCAGCAAGACGUUCCCAGCAGACCCUCACCGUGCGUUUGGGUCUCCCACGUCUUUCCGGCCUCCUUCCCCGCCAGCGAUUCCAACUCACCACCAGGUAGUGGUCGGUGGACAGCUCUGCUGCUCUCUUUACCCGAGUGUCCAAGACAGAAGGCCGAAGGUCACCUGAAACAACUACAAAGUCGAUCAUUGAUCUCCGGCCUAGGGCGUCCUGCUGCCACGUGUAUUGAUGGACACCCUUGUGCUCGAACGUGGUGUUCGUUAUGGACAAACUAUGACGAGCACAGAAGUCAAAUAACAAAACACCAGUCAGGUAAAGAUCAGGGAGGAUUUUCCUACCAAUCACGCCCUUCUAGGUGCCCCUGUUAUGGGGGUGGGCCUUGAAGUCCCCCAGGUGGACAAUGACCAAAUAGGGUACUCCAAACUGCUGUUCCGCUCGUAAGCAAAAACUACAGUCAGUGAUUGUGUGACCGUGUGUUUGU